CGAUCGGAACUUCCCAUGAUAAAUAUUUGUUUGGGCUGCACUGUGCGUUCGGCGGCGCGAGAUAAUAAUGGCGUACAGGCCCAGUUUGGUCGGACAGACAUCAUGAAAACUGUAGCUCGACAAAUGUUCCGGACCUGCAACAAACUUUUCUCUAGAAAAACUCUAAAUGAUGUUGUGGAGGCCCAUCCAUCCAACAUGGAGACAGCAGCACAGAUGGACAACAUCCAACAUUUGACCAGUCCUUCCCAUAAUACCAGUGUUAGGGACAGCAUUCACCAUAUUGAGGCAGUGAUGGAGAGGGCCCACCAUGGUGGUGGAUGGCUCCUGUCUGGCAUUAUCUGCAUCAACAUCCUGAUCCUGGGCUGCGCUCUGGUCAGUGGAAGUGCCUUCAACAGUGUGGCCAUUACUGCUGUACACAGGCAAAUCUUCCUCAUCAUUCUCCUACUCCUCACAAUGUUGUGGAUGCUGUUUUACACAGUCUUCACCUCACGAAAGGAUGAGGCUGUUUCGUUCAGAGAUGGCCAUGCGGGGCCUGCAUGGCUCCGAGCUGGACUUCUACUGUUUGGAAUUCUCAGUGUCAUCAUGGACAUCUUCAAGAUUGCCACCGCUGUGGGCUACCUUCACUGCGACUCUGCUGUUAAAGUUGCAUUUCCUGUCGUCCAAGCUGUGUUUCUAUUUGUCCAGACAUAUUUCCUGUGGAUUCAUGUGAAGGACUGUGUGCAGCUACACACAAAUUUUACACGAUGUGGGCUUACUCUUACGCUUUCAACUAACCUGGUGGUAUGGAUGGCAGCCGUCACUGAGGAAUCUCUUCACCAGACUGACAUUCCUGAUCUAAACUACAAUGUCUCACAAAGGAUGUACAGAGCCAGCUUUGUCAAUAAGAAGUGUAAUUGCAGUUACUCGGCAUGCUACACCUUCAAAGAGGCCUCCUACUACCUGUAUCCCUUCAACAUAGAAUAUAGUCUCUUUGCUUCGGCUAUGGCCUACGUCAUGUGGAAAAACAUUGGUCGGCUUGUGGACGAUCACAGCCAUCACAAGAUCAAGUUCCGCAUAGGGGAUGUGUGUUUGGGACCUUUGACCGGCGUCCUCCUGGUGGUGGCAGGACUUGCAACAUUCAUAGUGUAUGAGGUGGACAUAGAAACAGGGGAUGUGAAGAAAACAGACAAGGCUCUGCUGAUCCAUUUCAUCAUGAAUAUAGUGAUAGUGAGCAUGAUGUCCCUCUCCACUGUGAUUGGCUGCAUCAUCUACAGGUUGGACCACAGGGAGCACGUAUCUGAGAAGAAUCCAACCCGCAGCCUGGAUGUGGGGCUGCUGGUGGGAGCCUCACUUGGGCAGUUCAUCAUCAGCUAUUUCACUAUCGUGGCAGUGGUGGCGACAGAAGCCAGAGGAUAUCUGAACGCCCUCAACCUGACCUGGGCCUUGCUGACAGUGCUACAGCUCGGCCUGCAGAAUUACUUCAUCAUCGAAGGACUCCAUCGGGAGCCCUUCCAUGGGAUGCAGGAAGCGGCUCUGCACACAAACGCUCAUGCUUUCCAGGAACGUCCAGAGAUUAUCAUUGUUCAGGAAAGCCAUAAGUCCAGCUACUUCCUGACUUCAAGCCGUGAUAAGCCUAGUUGGAAGAGAAGAGUACUAAAGGAAGUCUGUGCCUUUCUACUGCUUGCCAACAUUAUUCUGUGGAUCAUGCCCGCCUUUGGUGCUCGUCCCCAGUUUGAUCAUCCCAUAGAGAUACAAUUCUACAAAGUCUCAAUGUGGACGGCCAUUGUGAAUAUUGGACUUCCUUUUGGAAUCUUCUACCGUAUGCACUCUGUCGCCAGUCUCUUUGAGGUGUACGUAAUCUCGUAGAUGGACUUGUGUUUGGGAAUGCAGAGUAAUUUUAUAAACGUAUGAAUUUAAUGUCCAUUUUUAUUUAUCAAACGUAUACAUUGACCUUGUUAUAUUAAUAAAUAUUAUUGAAACAUAAAAUACAUGUCAUGUAUAACUUGUUGGCCAACAUUUAAAUAAAAAUAUUAAUUUGUAUUUAAGAUGGAUAUGCCUUUCAUAAUGUGCUGCACUUUACAGGCACUAGCAUUUAAAUGUAUUAUUUAUGACCAGGAUUUUGUAUUUUUCCUCAAAGGCACAUGGUCAAUUUAGCAAAGGACAGAGGUUUUUAUUUAAAGGAUCAAAAGAAACUGUCUGGACUGUAAACAUUACAAAUGGUUUCAACCCUUAUGACUUUUACCCUUUUUAAAGUACUAACUGCGUGUAACAGGUUUGUUUUGGGUAUAGAUAAUAUAAUUGCAUAUUAAUUAUGAUUAUGUAUUGAUUUGAUCCUUUUUAGAGGCUUCAAGGGGUACCCAGUAUUUCACAAGAACAUAUACUUUUACUGGUUGCUUGCUGGAAAGGGGCAAUAGUGCCUUCUAGUGGUUAUGGUCCAAAAUAUCUAUUUUUCACUUUAAACAAUUAAUAGUUUAGCAGUUAUGAUUCAGUGAGAAUUUAAGUUUUCUUUCAGUAUUGUUGAGACUCUACACUGUUGAUAAAGUCUAAAGUGUGACCUAGUAGUAGUUCACGUCUUUCCCAUUAAAGCACAGAGCUCAAGAAUGCAACCAACCCAACAUUCACAGAUGCAUAAUAAUAUAUAUUUUCAGGAUCAUUUACGUAAAAUACAAUUUUCAACAUCAAGCAUUGUAAGCAUAGCCGACCAGAUCCAAACAAAAACCUGGUCAUACA